AUGAUGGAUUUCAAGGAUGAGAAAGUAGAAGGCAUGGUUGUGAUGGCUGCUGGGAGCAUGCAACAGCUAAGAGAAUGGGUUGAUGGUCGAUGGGAUGCUUGCAGCAGCCAAAGGAUAGAGGUUGAUGGCUACUGGAAUGCUUGCAGCAGUCAAAGGAAGGUGCUCUGA